GUGUCAACAUCGUCUGAAAACAAACCUUAGCCAUGGCCCGUACAAAGCAGACCGCUCGUAAAUCCACUGGUGGAAAAGCUCCUCGUAAGCAGUUGGCCACCAAGGCAGCUCGUAAAAGUGCCCCGGCUACCGGAGGCGUGAAGAAGCCUCAUCGUUAUCGUCCCGGAACAGUCGCUCUGCGUGAAAUCCGUCGUUAUCAGAAGUCGACUGAGCUGCUGAUUCGCAAGCUUCCGUUCCAGCGUUUGGUCCGUGAAAUUGCCCAGGACUUCAAAACCGAUUUGCGUUUCCAGAGCUCUGCCGUUAUGGCUUUACAGGAAGCUAGCGAGGCUUAUCUGGUUGGUCUUUUCGAAGAUACCAAUCUGUGUGCCAUCCACGCCAAACGUGUCACCAUUAUGCCAAAGGACAUCCAGCUGGCUCGUCGUAUCCGUGGUGAACGUGCUUAAAGCGGUUAUCAGUUUUCGUUUGCUUCUAAAUUUCUAAAACA